UGGAACACCGAAAAAUGGCAAAAAAAAGUCAAUAGCCAAAAGAGCAAACCGCAAAAAUGACUUGUGCCGUUAUACAGGCGGGUCAAUAUGAUUUGAUCAACAUCGUAUCAACUUGGACAAAAGAGGGUAAAAUUGUUGGAUACAAGAAAGUAUUGUUACAGACCCACGCCACUAAGAGGUGCAAAAAUAUGUUACAAGAUAGGGAGAUAAGUGAAAAUGAUUUUGAUUCGUUGGAGUUUUUUACCGACCGUGCAAAGCGUUUAUAUGUCGCGUACUCGCAACAACUUAAAGAUUUGUAUGGGGACGUGGAUUGCGAUGGUUUAGCCUUGUGGAAAAGUUUGCAUCCUAAGUGUAAGGGUCGCAAGAUGUUCGGGAUAGGAUCUUCUGAUCCUGAUUUUCUGGUGACCGGAAAAAAAUCAUCUAGAAUUUGCGGUUGUAACGAUGAUGCCCGACAAUCACAAGAGGUAUCAUUAUUUAUUCUUGUUAUUUAGAUAGCAUAAACAUUUUAAGAUAGUCCCAUUAGUGAAGGUAAUAGUUUAGGCUUUAAAUGGGAAGAAUGAGUUUGC